AUGAAUAUCCUGAUGUUAACCUCAUAUUUACUGCCACUUGUUCUGACGAGUUUCAUACGGGAAGCUACAGGGGACAAUAUCUCCAGCAGUUAUCCAGAAUCUUUUCAUACUCGUCAGAGUUCUUCAGGCAACAGAUUGAUGAAAACAUCCUACACUUAUAACAUUUUGACAACAACCUGGGCCAAAGUGGCCUAUAUUAUAUAUGGAUUCAUCCCUUUAACUGCUGUAAGGUUCUUCGAAAUAUGUAACCAAACAGGUGAUGAAGUCAAGCCUAUAGCUUCAAUUUGGGGACCAAAUAAAAAAGCCUUUACGUUUUACUGUAAUCGCUGUGAUGAAAUUCCUCUUGAUAUGUUCCAUGGAGAUCAAGAAAUGUUUAUCAUUGAAAUAGAAUUUUUAUCUAAUGGAGUAAUAAAGAAAAUGGAUAUCCUGAAGUUAACAUCAUAUUUACUGCCGCUUUUUCUGAGAAGCUUCUUACAGGAAGCUACAGGGGAAAAUAUCUCCAGCAGUUAUCCAGAAUCUUUUCAUACUCGUCAGAGUUCUUCAGGCAACAGAUUGAGGAAAACAUCCUACACUUAUAACAUUCUGUCGACAACCUGGGUCAAAACAGCCUAUAUUAUAAAUGGCUUCAUCCCUUUAGCUGCUGUAAGGUUUAAAAUUGAACUGUGUCCGGAAUCUGAUUGUUUCCCAGUCAUAGCAUUUCAAUUCAGCGUCCGUAUGAAUACAAAUCUUGUGGUAAGGAAUCAUAAGACUGAUGGUAAAUGGGCCAGUGAAGAAACAUAUGGAGGUAUGCCCUUCAGAAGAAAUGCCAAUUUCAAUGUAACAAUUCAACUUACUCAUACAGAAUAUGAGGUGUAUGUUAACCGUGUUUUUUUCUGCAAGUAUCUCUAUGCAUUCCAACCUGAAAAUGUUAAUUUCAUCAAAGUUCAUGGUGAUGUUCAACUAAAAAGAAUAGCUGCUAGUGUUGACUUUAAAAAUCUGUAUCUACGCAGAACCAUUGCAGUUGGUGAUUGGGUGCGAUUUGAAAUGACACCGAAAAGUGGGAUUGAUCCUAUGUUCUUCGAAAUAUGUAACCUAACAGGUAAUGAAUAUAAGUGUUUUGCUUCAAUUUGGGGACCAAGACAAAAAAACUUUACGUUUUACUGUAGUUACUGUGAUGAAAUUCCGCUUGAUAUGUUCCAUGGAGAUCAAGAAAUGUUUAUCAUUGAAAUAGAAUUUUUAUCUGAUGGAGUAAUAAAGAUUUAUAAUGAUAAAAGGUACCUUAAAACGGUCACGUUGGAAUUGAAACACGAAAUAGGACUAGCCAAUAUAAUAAACCUCGAUUCUCAUAACCGUAUGGAGUGCUUUCGUAUUCCAUAA